AUGCCUGCUUCGAAGGGUGACGUGAUUCCUAACACUACUUUCUCCUACAUCCCGUGGUCGCCUGAACUCGAGUCCGGCAAGGCUUGCGGUGUUCCGACCACUUUCCAAUCGCAUGACCGCUGGAAGGGCAAGAAGGUGGUGAUUGUCUCCAUCCCGGGUGCUUUCACUCCUGUAUGCCAUGUGCACCACAUUCCAGGCUUCAUGGCGAAGCAAAAGGAACUCAAGAGCAAGGGCGUUGAUGAGAUCGUGGUCAUUGCUGCCAACGACGCCUUCGUGAUGAGCGCUUGGGGCGUGAACCAGGGCGGCAAGGAUGACCUUGUGUUCGCCUCGGAUGUGGAUGCCAAGUUCUCGCAGGGCCUGGGUGCUACGCUCGACCUGUCGGCCAAGGGUAUGGGUACCCGUACUGCCCGCUACGCUCUGAUUGUGGAUGACCUGAAGGUGGUCGAUCUUUCGAUUGACGAGGGUGAGCUUUCCCAAUCGUCGGCGGAGGCUGUGCUCAGCAAGCUGUAA